GCCGACGAGAAUGCCGAGACAGUUGUCAUCCCUCACCGUCACGAGCAACGGUGACGGCGCGACGGAAGUUGGGCCUCUGGGGUUGAAAGAUGAGAAAGGUCAGGUGAAAAGGGUCAAGGUGCUGUCGCCUGAGGAGAAAGAGGCCAUAAAGGCCAUGACCCACCCCAACCAGAUGGAUGCAGGGGAGCGGAAGCGUCAGAACGAAGCCCUCCGACGCAAGUUCGAGUUUUUGAAGGCGUUCAUUUUGGACCCCGACAUGGAAAACAUCGACGUGGAGCAUUGCUUCAAGGAGAUGUCGGAGCGCAAAACGGCGGACGUGUUCGUGGAAUUGCCGCUAGAGGAGCUCAAGAAGUCCUACACGAGCCCGGCCCAAGUUCGUUUUUUGACCGACGUCAUCUUAAAGCAGCCAGGGCGGCCGCACCCACAGGAUCCCUCCAACAACGAGAUGCGCCUCUACAAAGUCUACCAGACUGGAGUGGACAAAAGCUCGAAUGUGUCGCAGCUUUCAGCCAAGCUGCGUGGCACGGCGCGGGUCGGGAAGAAUGCUGCAGCCAGAAAUGCCCUGGCGGAGUCCUUGGCAAGCAAGUGUGCAGAGAUGACGAAAAGCUCCGGCAAGACUGACAAGCAGCCAAAGACGAAGAAAGACAAGAAGGCCUUACAUGAGCUUACGCACGACGAGAAGCAGCAGAAAGAGUUCGAUCGAGAUUUGCAAGCGUGCCCUGACUUUGACAGCCGUGCUCGAGCCGAAUGCUUUGUGCUGGAUGUCGUGAUGAAUGCUACCGUGCAAAGCUUGAAGUCGGUCUAUGGGCAGCUGAUGGAGCUGCAUGCAAGGGUCAAUGAGAUGAUCUUUAACGGCGGCACCUUCGAGAACUAUGCGUAUGUCUUGAAUACGGAGAAAGAGCGCUGUGAGGCGCCGGACUGUAGACUGUUGUGCGACAAACUCCCAAAUAAUCCUACUUAA